CCAAAUCCCAGAGAGGUGUAUCCAAACCCUCUUCAGGUUUAGCAUUAACUUCUCAUGAAUGUUUACUUGUAUUCCAGAACAAUGUGAUGCCACUCUUCAUUUCUGACUUGCACAGGGGACAUCGAAGGGAUCACUCGGUGACAAUGCUCUCUGUAAAACAUGCAGUCAUUCUCCUGACUACCCUGGGACAGGUGUACGGCCAGUCAGGUUACACCGAUGCCAGGACGAUACCGCAGUGGCUGACGGGACUGAUCGCAGUGGCCGUGUUUCUCUGCCUGGUCCUUGGGGUUUACUUGGUAAACCGAAUGUGGAAUAAAAGAACACAGAAUAACCUGCAAUCAGAUACACCCGGGAAAUCUCUAGAAUAUGAAGAAACAAUUCCCAAUGGCACAUACACACGAUACGUCGAACACAGUCCCAAAACCGAUGAGCAUGAACACGCAUAUGACAACCCGACUAUCGUAACAGACAACGAACUCACUACCCCUAUGUAACGGUUCUGUGUUGCUGAUUGGUUGAAAUCUAUGGCUGAACUGUAAAUAAAGGUCACUGCUGGAGAUAGGGCCACAAAUUGAAGCCACGAAGAGAAGGUUAAACGUGGAAUAUAGAGCUAAGCUGUUACAUUGUAUAAAGCAUUCAUUGAUAAAGAAACCUCAUUGACCUGUAGACAAAGACAGACAUCAAAAUGAUUGAGUUGUAUCUUAUUCUAGAUUUUAACCCAGGAGCACAAUGCUGCAUAGGAUGUUACCUAACCACAAACUAACCUCCAUACAAACCCCAACAGUCCACAUUUAAAUGGAAAUCUUAAUUAGAAGCUAGGAACAUUGUGUUAUAAUAAUAUAAAUCACAUCCUACUGUAAGUGUUGUAACCAUAUAACUAGAUAAAUGAAUAAAUGAUUCUUGUUAUUUCUAAACUGCCAAAUCUAUUUUUAAUUCUUAUUCAUGCCUUAGAUCAUUUUACUGUAUGGGUUAGGAGUGGACCAUGAUUUUAUUAUGGGGUCAUUGUUCACGCUCUUAAGUACGAUGGUGUUUGUUUACUAACAUGGCAAAUUUUGGUAAGUUUAAAACCAAGUGCCAAAAUUCAGGUUGUGCUAAAAUUAUACAUAUAUUAUAGUUUAUUUCAAGACGUUUAUAUAUUUUUAAAAUGGCUACUUUUAAUAAAAAAUUGUUUCAAUUAGCCAGAUUAAAACCAGCAGCUAUACAACUA